AUGAGCACAGGCAAGACAGUACCACUGACUCAUCGAUCGCUAGCCUCUCAUUCUAUAUUUAGUCCUCCCGACCAUGACUCUAGCUCCUCAGGAGAUGUCGGGCCAUCCCGAAGUAAUGCCAGUCCCAAUAUUGCUCCGAAAGUCAGGCGAAUGGUCAUUCGAGACAAAGAUCUCCUAGUGGCCUUUGGCAGAGAGCUGAGGAUGACCCACAUUGGAGAUAAGGACCUGAGAUUUGAGAAUGAGAGAGUUGGCACCUAUGCGAUUGUCGAUUCCCCUCAUUUGACUUUCGACAUUCAGCAGCUUUGGUUGAAUCCUACAGGUAGACUUCUGGCGGUUGUCGGACAACAUCGGAUCGUGGUGAUAGCAUUGCCAACAUUGCACUCCGCAGAACCGGGGAAACGCAUGAGCUGCAGGUCGGUCGCCAUCGAUGAACAGUCUUUUGGGCUGUGCCCCUCUGCCAAUAUCACCAAGGCCCAAUGGCAUCCAUGGGGUCAGGACGGAAAGUCGCUGUGGAUCCUGACCUCUGAUGGCAAAUUGAGCGAAUACAACAUCUCUCAACCAGACGAUCCUACUCAGACUUUCUCCUUCCUUUCGACUACGAGCGCCUCCUCCAGCUCUCGAUAUUCCGCCGUUGAUCCCCUUUCUCGAUACGCUACAUCUUUCGCCUUCUCUCUUCCAAACUCGGUGCACGGAAGUACGAUGGUCCACGUCUUAGCUGCUAACGGGGACGCAUACGCCAUGGGUCCUAUAUUGCCUUUCAAGGCUGUCGUGCCCUCUGAGUCGCUAGAAAGACUCAGGGCUCAACUCCACAACUCAUCGCAGACCGUAAGACGAUAUGGCUUGUACUGGGUGGAGGAUCUAUUGCGGCAGGCCAAGAGUUCCAGUUCCGCAAGAGGUACCGGCGCUGAGAGUUUUCCCGAAUCCCCAAGAGGGUUCGGCGACCGCGCGAAUGAGUCCGCGGAUACAGCCUUACCUAUGGGCUACGUUCGUGUUCAUCCCCCUCAUCUAUCUCCUUCUGGAGGUCCUGCUUCUGGCAGCCACGAAUCCCUGCGUCUACAAGGUCCGAUUGACCUAACGAUGCCCUCAAAUGAUGAAGACGAAGAUGAUAUUUCGGCUAAUGACCUUAUGUGGAUUGACGCUGCCAUCGAAGGCGGAAGCUGCGACCCUCAAUUGAUCGUCACAUGGUCAAAUGGGGUCGUUCUUGUCGGCUAUGAGGCAGUUCCGGUCACCCCUCGGUGGUCAUCAUCUGCACAGUACGACCCCGACGGCCCGCCGUCCUUCCGAAUCUGCGGCGCAGUCAGAUUGUGCCAUGCACCGAAGGAGAUUGAGUCGUCUCCUUACAUUUUGCCAGAUGCCCUGAAUGAUACAGGCAUUUGCGUCCAAUCGAGUAGGAGCGUGGAUUAUUUCCAGAUUGACCUGGAGUCGAUCAAAUCCGGCGAUGCGUCUAACGUCAUUUCCAACCCUUCCUGCCUGGUCCAAAGCUCUGGCACUAGCGCGGAGCAAAUUGUCGCCUCCUCCAUUUUGACCGAUGCCAACCUUGGCACUACCCUUCUCGCCAUGACAGCCUCCGGGAAAGCUGUAGCAAUCGACAUGGACCAAAAUAUUGCCAUACAACAGGAUGAAAUACCAGCACAUCACUCGACUGAAUCGGAGAGCAUUGAUCUCGUAGACGCGUCACUGCUUCAGGAAACAUUCGAAUUCGACAGACUUCGCCAGUCUAUACCAUCAACGCAUGAAGGUUUGGCUUCUACCGCGAAGUCCAUCUUCCCCAACAAGGCCGAACAAACUGCUUCGGCAAGUCAGCUUCAGCGAGCGGGAGCCAUGAUGGCGAAGCUUCAGGAGCAGACACGAGCCCUUCAAGUGGCUUCUCAGGCUCUGGAAGAACGAUUUGAUCUCUGCGUCAAGGAGUCACUCAGACAGCUUCAGCAGCUGAAGAACUGCCGGGAUGAUGUGGAAAAAUUGAAGGACAGCAAGGCUAGUCCACGAGUGGUAAAGAUGCUCGAUACUCAGUCCGACUUGUCAACGAGGCUGGAGAAAGUACUGCGAUCAUUAGCGGACGAGCAAAGAGCUACCAGCUUGGAAGGAGAUCGCCAGUGGGCUGAGGGUCUAAUCUCGAUAAAAGCGCGACUUGGUACAGCCGAGGACGGCUUGGAGGAUCGGUUUGACAAGCUGCGCGACGAGUUCCGGCGUGUCAAGGCUGAGCUUGAUGUGACAUCCUCACCACCGAAAGAUUCUGAGGAUGCCGAGAAGUUGGACAUUGACAUCAAGCAGACGUCUGAAGAGAUUCGCCGGUUGAUGCGGAAGAUGGAAGGACUGUCUUUGCGCGUGCAGACUACCUCAGCUUGA